GCGGGAGGGUUGGACAUGUGAGUGUGUGGUCAGUGUGUGUGCAGAUGUUCCUGCAGUGAUGGCUCAGCAGGUGAAGGUAGCAGCAGCCGCAGAGCUCUACUCUGACAUGGAGACUGUCAGCUCCACUGCAGAUAUAGGAGAGUCGCUGAGGAAGGGCUCUUUGUGCGAGACCUCCAUGGGGGUCGGCUUGGGCAGGCGGAGCCGGGCCUACCCCUCCCCGGCCCGGAGACGGCACCGCACCACCUUCAGUCACAAGCAGCUGGAACAUCUGGAGGUGGCCUUUGGACAAAACCAGUAUCCUGACAUCUACUACAGAGAGGAGCUGGCUCGUGUUACCAAGCUCAACGAGGCUCGCAUCCAGGUUUGGUUUCAGAACAGAAGAGCCAAGCAGAGGAAGCAGGAGCGAGCCUCCCACAAGGUUCUCCCUGUGGGUAUGAUGUCAGGCCACAGGGCGCUGCUGGGGGGGAUGCACGUCCAGCCCCCCACCAUGGCCCGGCAGUACUACACCCAGUCCCUGGCUCACAUCCCCCGCCUCCCCCCUAUGCUGCCCUCCGGGGCGUACCCCUGCCACCCGGGCCAAGUGAGCCAAUGCCCCUGCCCCAUUGUCCCAUCACAGCCAGCCCCCCCGCGGCAGCAUGAGGACUGGUACAGCCCGCUGAGGGGCAACCUCCCAUCUCCCAUGUUCACCCUGGCCUCCAUGCAGCCUCUGGACCCCGCCUCACACUGGAGCUGAGAAGUAACAGACCUAUAAAGCCAAAUAUUACAUUAAAAUAACUUUUAGACAAUUCAGUGAUCAUCAUAAUUUAACGGGAAACUCAUUUCAUUUUCACAUCAUAUCAAAAGUCUGAAGUUUCAAAUAGCCUUAAAUGUGUAGAAUAGUAUCAACAUCUGAACCUGAAGUGG